AUGGUGAAACGCUUGGCGAAAUCAAGCACGACUCAAAAUGGCGGUUCGCCGAAGAAAAUCGAGAAAUUCGAGGCUUUUCAGUGGGUUACUGUAGAGCCUACAGUACUCGCCUACAGUAAUAUUUUUUUGUUUAAAGGGACGAGACGGGCGAUUUGGCACAUUCGGCGCUGGAGAGUUUUUUUAUGCAGGGAAAAUCGGCGGCUGAGAGGAUGAAUACGGGAAGAAUGAGGAGGAGAGAUGAGAUGUGAGUGGGAAAUUUAAAUUUGGCGCCGAAAAUUGAGUACUGUAGAUUUUUUGCGCGCGAAAAUUGCGUUAUUUUGAAUAUAAAUAUGCCUAGGCUCGAAUUUUUCGGGUCUUGAAGCGAUUUUUGCGCGAAAAUUUGAAUUUUCGGGUCUUGAAGCGAUGUUUGGAGUACUGUAGAUUUUUUGCCGGAAAAUUUGAAUUUUUGGGUCUUGAAGCGAUUCUGAGAGUACUGUAGAUUUUUCGCGCGCGAAAAUUUGAAUUUUUGGGUCUUGAAGCGAUUCUUAGAGUACUGUAGAUUUUUUGCGCGCGAAAAUUCGACAUUUUUUGACAUCAAAUAAGCCUACAGUAGGAAAAAUCGCUUCAAGACCAAAAAUUCAAAAUUUCAGGGUCUUGAAGCGAUUUUUUGGAGUACUGUAGAUGGUUUUGGGCAAAAAUUUGAAUUUUUUCGAUGUCAAACAAGCCUACAGUAGGAAAAAAUCGCUUCAAGACCCGAAAUUUUUUGAAUUUUCCCGCCAAUUUUCUAUCUACAGUACCUCAGCUUAUUUAUACUCAAAAUGUUCCAUUUUUCGCGCCAAAAAUUCUACAGUAACCCAAAUUUUUCGAAUUUCCCAAUUUCAGCGAUGAAAAUCACGAUGAAUCAGCGGCCCCCGCUGAAAAAUCGAUAAAUCUGGAUUGUGAUCUGGCGAAAUUGCGCGAUUUCAUCCAAUCCAAAAACGAAUCGCUGAAAUCCGAACGAUUUUUGGACGAUUUGGACGAGAAAUGUAUGAGCAAAUGGACAUUGUAUUUGGCUGCCGGAUUUAAUUUGUUGGUGAGCGAUUUUGGGCUGAAAAUGAGCUGAAAAUCGUGAAAAUUUAGCAAUUUUGAGCCCAGGAGCUUCAAAAUCUGAAUUUUUAAGCAUUGCUCAUGUUAAGUUUGCAGAAUCCAAGAUUUCGAGCUAAAAUUCAGGAAAAAUGAGCAAAUUUGAGCCCAGGAGCUUCGAAAACUGAAAUUUAUGGAUUUUUUGAGCAUUGCUCAUGUUAAACUCGAGAAAUGACAGAUUUUGACCUGAAAUUCAAGAAAAUUGAGCAAAUUUGAGCCCUGGAGCUUGGAAAUCUGAAAAUUUACGAUUUUUGAGCAUUGCUCAUGUUAAUUUUGCAAAUUUCAAGAUUUCGAGAUAAAAUUCAAGAAAAAUGAGCAAAUUUGAGCCCUGGAGCUUGAAAAUCUGAAAUUUUUGGAUUUUUUGAGCAUUGCUCAUGUUAAUCUUGAAAAUUUUGAACCAAAAAUAAAUAAAUUUGAGCUCGAGAGCUUGAAAAUCUGAAAAUUUUGACCUGAAAUUGGAUUUUUGCUCAGAAAUCAUAGAAAUCCAUGAUUUCGAGCAUUGCUCAUGUUAAUUCUGCACAAUUCAAGAUAUCGAGCUGAAAUUCAAGAAAAAUGAGCAAUUUUGAGCCCUGGAGCUUGGAAAUCUGGAAUUUUUAACAAUUGCUCAUGUUAAACUUGAAAAUUUUGAAAUUUUGAACUAAAAAUGGAUGAAUUUGAGCUCGCCAGCUUCAAGUUCUGAAAAUUUUGACCUAAAAUUCGAUUUUUGCUCAGAAAUCUGUAUUUUUUGAGCAUUGCUCAUGUUAAGGGCUUAUUUGGUCUCAAAAUACUCUAAAUUUUAGCCCCAAAACUACAGUACCCCAAAUUUUCAUUCCAGAUUCACGGGAUCGGCUCAAAACGAGAUGUGCUAACUCGUUUCGCCAACUCUGAGCUCUCAAAAUUCACGUGGAUGCGAAUCGACGCGACGCACGAAGAAUCGACGCCGAAAAUCAUGUUGGCCGAAAUCAACACGAAUUUGAAGCUCGGGAUUACGGUAGGUCGAUUUUUUGGCGCCAAAAUCUACCGUAUUUUUCGAUUUUUCGAUUUUUGCAGGGAAAAGGAUUGUCUACGGUGGAUUGGGCACGUCAAAUUUCGCGGCAAAUUUCGAAAUCCGAUCAACAAUUGAUUUUAUUGAUUGAUAAUAUUGAGGCGGCUGAUUGGAGGUACUGUAGCUAGCAUUGCUCAUGUUAAACUCGAAAAAUCCGAAAUUUUGUGGGUAAAUAUGUGAAAAUUGAGCAAUUUUGAGCCCUGGAGCUUGAAAAUCUGAAAAUUUUGGAAUUUUCAAGCAUUGCUCAUGUUAAACUUGAAAUUCGAGCCAGGGACCAUUGAAAUUUGGAUUUUUCAUGAAAUUUGGGCUCUAAAAACACCCCACAAGCCUAAUUUUCAUGGAAUCUUAGAUUUUUAUCAUUUUUUUCAAUUUUUCUGUGAAUUUUGAGCCGAAAAUCAUGAAAAAUGCUCAAUUUUCACAUGGAGACCAUAAAAAUCAGAUUUUUAAAGGAUUUUUCAAGUUUAACAUGAGCAAUGCUUGAAAAUUCCGAAAUUUUCAGAUUUUCAAGCUCCAGGGCUCAAAAUUGUUCAAUUUUCACAUAUUUACCCACAAAAUUUCGGAUUUUUCAAGUUUAACAUGAGCAAUGCUUGAAAAUUCCGAAAAUUUUCAGAUUUUCAAGCUCGAUGGCUCAAAAUUUCUCAAUUUUCACAAAUUUAUCAACAAAAUUUCGGAUUUUUCAAGUUUAACAUGAGCAAUGGUUGAAAAUUUCAAAUUCAGAUUCAAAUUUUUGUUGCAGAAAUGAACAAGAGGCCAUUUGCGCUCUACUGCACAACCCGAAAUCUGUGAAAUUAUGCGCUACUGUCGAUCACGUCUAUUCAACUUUCGUCUGGAAUUCCAGACAAUUGUCGACGCUGAAAUUUUUGCAUUUGACUGUAAAUACAUUCGAAAUGCCACUACAGGAGUUAAUUAAUGGAAAUUCGAGGAUUUUGGGUGAGAUUUUGGCCUAAAAAUAUUGGUUUUACCCUAAAAAUCACCUUAAAAAUACCCCAAAUUUGACCUUAAAUUACAUUAUUUUUAAGGUAAAAAUUAGGCCAAAUUAGGUCUUAAUUUAACCCUUAAAAUCAUCUUAAAAUAUACCCUAAAAUACCCUAUAUUUUAGGGUAAACAUUAGUCUGAAUUUUUCUCUUAAAAUGACCUUAAAAACACCUUAAAUUUAAUCUUAAAAUUACCCUAAAAAUCCUCUAAAAAUUCACAAGAAAAUCCUGAAUUGAACCCUAAACCUUAAUUUUCACCAAAAUUUAAAAUUUUGGGUCUUGAAGCGAUUUUUGCCUACUGUAGGCUUGUUUGGUGUCAAAAAAUGGCAAAUUUUCGCGCCAAAACCAUCUACAGUACCCCGAUUUUCACAGGUCUCGACGCGAAAUUCAAGCAAUCGUGUCAUACCGUCACCUCAUUGGAUGUAUUCUGGAAAUCGCUCGCCGCAAACUCGCAAAAAUUGUUCAUUUUAUUCUUCCGCACCUAUUACCCGGCGAAAAAAGCGGUGAAUUUUUGGGAUUUGUUCAAUUCGGCCCGCGAUGAUUUCAUUGUUUCGACUGAUGCCGCAUUAAGAACACAAAUUGUGGAAUUCAAGGAUCAUCGGGUCAUCAGGUUGGUGUUUUUGCGGUCAUUUUGAGCCUAAAUAUGACGCGGCACGGUUUUGUGGGCGUGGCCUAAUUUUUCUCUAGGAAAAAUGCUUCAUUUUGAGCCUAAAUAUGAUGCGGCACGGUUUUGUGGGCGUGGCUUAUUUUUCCCCAGGAAAAAUGCUUCAUUUUGAGCCUAAAUAUGAUGCGGCACGGUUUUGUGGGCGUGGUCUAUUUUUCCCCAGGAAAAAUGCUUCAUUUUGAGCCUAAAUAUGAUGCGGCACGGUUUUGUGGGCGUGGCUUAUUUUUCCCCAGGAAAAAUGCUUCAUUUUGAGCCUAAAUAUGAUGCGGCACGGUUUUGUGGGCGUGGUCUAUUUUUCCCCAGGAAAAAUGCUUCAUUUUGAGCCUAAAUAUGAUGCGGCACGGUUUUGUGGGCGUGGCUUAUUUUUCCCCAGGAAAAAUGCUUCAUUUUGAGCCUAAAUAUGAUGCGGCACGGUUUUGUGGGCGUGGCCUAAUUUUUCUCUAGGAAAAAUGCUUCAUUUUGAGCCUAAAUAUGAUGCGGCACGGUUUUGUGGGCGUGGCCUAAUUUUUCUCUAGGAAAAAUGCUUCAUUUUGAGCCUAAAUAUGAUGCGGCACGGUUUUGUGGGCGUGGCUUAUUUUUCCCCAGGAAAAAUGCUUCAUUUUGAGCCUAAAUAUGAUGCGGCACGGUUUUGUGGGCGUGGCUUAUUUUUCCCCAGGAAAAAUGCUUCAUUUUGAGCCUAAAUAUGAUGCGGCACGGUUUUGUGGGCGUGGUCUAUUUUUCCCGGUGAAAUUUGAGGCAUUGCUCAUGUUAAACUCAAAAUUUCAACCAAAAAACCGUAGGCCACGCCCCUAAAACCGUGCCGCAGCAUAUUUAGGCUUAAAAUCAAGCAUUUUUCCAAGAGAAAAAUAAGCCACGCCCCUAAAACCGUGCCGCAUUGCAAAAUUUGCAGAUGGUCUCGAGGCGAUGAUGGCUCAGAUCAAUUGUCAGCAAUGGUAGAUCAAACAUUGAUCACGAAAUUCUUGGAAACCAAAGGAAUUCGACUUUUUGUCGACGAAGAAGAGGAAAAUCAAUAA